GAGAAAUCAAGAGAUUCAGACAGUUCAAAUGAGUAUAAAGAUUUAUUACAAGUUUAAGAUCUCUACAAGAAUCUAAACUACUAAUGGUCAAGGAAAAUUAGCAGGAGUUAAGAAUAGAAAGAAAUUCAAGGUCGGUCACCUUCAUGAAUGCCUCCAGAGUUGCUGAAUUCACCUUCUUGGGUCUUUCCAGAUCUCGACCCAUCCAACUCCUUCUAACUGUCUUGGUCAUGAUGUGUUAUAUUGCCACACUGUUGGGUAACAUUCUCGUAAUAUUGACGGUACAUGUAGAUCCACGUCUUCUAAAGCUGCCCAUGUACUUUUUCUUAGCGAAUUUAUCCAUCAUCGAUGCUGCUUUGGGUUCAGUGGUGGUUCCCAAGGUGGCAACAGACCUGAUUGUCUGUGGCAGGACAAUCUCAUUUGCAGGCUGUAUGUCCCAGAUCUUUUUCCUACACUUCCUUGGAGGUUCAGAGAUGUUCCUCCUUACCCUCAUGGCCUACGAUCGCUAUGUGGCCAUUUGCCAUCCAUUGUCAUACACAAUCAAGAUGAACCGGCCACGCUGCAUUAGAUUGCUGUGUUGGUGUUGGGCUGGAGGCUUCCUUCACUCUGGCAGUCAGCUGUUCCUGGUCCUGCAGCUCCCAUUCUGUGGGCCAAAUGAAGUGGACAAUUUCUUUUGUGAUGUUCCACAGAUUGUCAAACUGGCUUGUGUUGAUACCCGAGUGACUGAGAUACUCUUGUUGGCGAAUAGUGGUCUGCUGUCCCUGAUGUGCUUCAUCAUUUUGCUGAUCUCCUAUGCCAUCAUCUUGACCACACUCCAAGGACAUUUCAAAGAGAGUGGAGGGAAGGCUCUGUACACCUGCAGCGCUCAUUUAACAGUAGUCAGCCUCAUUUUUGUACCAUGUCUCUUUGUGUACCUUGUCCCCCUGUUUAACACCAGUAUGAACAAAACGGCUUCCAUAUUCUACACAAUAGUCACUCCUCUUCUCAAUCCUAUCAUAUACACCUUAAGAAACCGAGAUAUGAGGGAGGCUAUGAGCCAAGUACCCAGAAAAUAUAUAUUUCCCAUUGUUGCACCACAGAAGAAAACUUAGGACUAAUUGGUUUACAAAUCUUUGGGUGAGGUGAGGCUGAUGGCUCACUUUUGGGAGCUGAAAGUGAAUAUUUCUUUAUGCAAAUAAAUAUGUAGAUAUGGAAACCCAUAUAUUUUUAAAAUCUCGAUCUGGUGUAGUUUUAAUGCCUUAAUAUUUUAAUUAUUUUUCUAUUUGCUUUAUAACUGGAAAGCCACCCAGAGUCACCUUUCAUGGGAGAUAGAUGGAAUAAAAAUUAAUUAAUUAAUUAAUUAAUUAAAUCCCCUGGACUCCCUCAGAUGGAGCACAUUCAGAGUUUUCAGAGGCAAUUCCCCCACCUUCCUUGGCAUAUCAGAAACUAAUCACGAAUAAACCUUUUGCUGCAAAUUGCCACAAUUUUUAAACAUAUUUGAUUUACAUUUAAUCACAAUAUUGUCAUGUGUCUAUAAUUAUCUAGAUGUUACAAAUGAUGGCUUGAUUACAGUUAUUCAAUAAAGUAGUAUUCCCCGUUA